GAAAUUGAUGCUGAACUUGAUAGUGAUAACAUAGAACAUGCAUUUGUGCUCAAAUCAUCGAAAGUGAUGGCACAAAAAACUUCUUUGUGGAUCAAAAAUCUUGUGGAAUGAAUUUUACGAAUUUUAUAUUUACUUAGAUCAAUAUAAGAUUGAUUGGAAAAUUGUAACAAUAAUUUUUCUUAUAAAAAUUCACUAUACAUUUUUUUCUUUUUCAGUUUUCGGUUUAUUUUAGUACAUUUACGAAAAUUUUCGAGCGAUUGAUUAAAUCGAGGAUUAAAAAUAGUGACAGUUAUGUCAAAUUUCUAUGUUUUCACUCCACAGCACGCUGUCCCGUAGAGAUUUUGGUGUUGUUAUCAUGUGGCACUUUGAUAACAAACAUCUCAUUGUUGAUUUUUCCAAGGAAAAAGCAGUUUAAGACAGACUAUUGAGGUUUAUGUGAAUAACAUUGGAAAACAUUUCGUGUGUUCAUAUGGAUUUAAAAUCGCUGGGAUGGAAAUUCCUAAACAAGGAAACUUUUGGUUAUGGCGAGAGAGCAAACUAUGUCAACAGUCCCCAUGUGAUUGCAAUGGUGGGUUUACCGGCACGAGGUAAAACCUAUAUUGCUAAGAAACUAUCACGCUAUCUGAAUUGGAUUGGAAUUAAUACAAAAGUUUUUAACCUUGGCGAAUAUCGUCGUCAUGCAACAACAGCGUACAAAAGCCAUGAGUUCUUCAGGCAGGACAAUGAAGAAGCCAUGGCAAUACGAACAACAUGUGCCAUUAAAGCUCUAGAAGAUGUCUGCAGAUGGCUUAACACAGGUGGUGAAGUUGCGGUGUUUGACGCUACAAACUCAACAAAGGAGCGAAGAAAAAUGAUAAGAAGUAUUGUGGUGGACAAAAUGGGCUACAAACUUUUCUUUGUUGAAUCAAUAUGCGACGAUCCCAGGAUCAUUGAGCAGAAUAUCAUGGAAGUAAAAAUCAGCAGCCCCGAUUACAAGAAUAUGAACACAGAGGCUGCACUCAAAGACUUUCUUCUUAGAAUUGAACAUUACCAAGAAAAAUAUCAGCCACUUGAUGAGGUGGAAGAAAAUGUGCUGUCUUACAUGAAAAUAUUCAAUACAGGUGAAAGGAUUGUUGUCAAUCGACACGAAGGGCACAUCCAGUCACGUAUCGUUUACUACCUUAUGAACAUUCACAUAACUCCGAGAACCAUUUACUUUACGAGGCAUGGAGAAAGUGAUCAUAACAUUAGGGGACUCAUUGGUGGAGAUUCAGAUCUGAGCAAACGCGGUGUGCAAUAUGCAAAAGCUCUGGCAAAGUACAUUAAUGACCAACAAAUUGACGGAUUGCGUGUUUGGACAUCAUGGCUAAAAAGAACAAUUCAGACAGUUGCAGACGUUCCAGCUCCACAAGAGAGAUGGAAAGCUCUUAAUGAGAUUGAUGCAGGCAUUUGUGAAGAGAUGAGCUAUGAGGAGAUUUCUAAGAAACAUCCAGAUGAAUUCAGAGCUCGCGAUCAAAAUAAAUAUGCGUACAGAUACCCACGGGGCGAAAGCUAUGAAGACCUCGUAGCUCGUCUGGAGCCAGUCAUAAUGGAACUUGAGCGACAAGGGAAUGUCCUAGUUGUAUCCCAUCAGGCUGUUCUACGAUGUCUCUUGGCGUACUUUUUGGACAAGACUUCAGAUGAACUACCUUACUUGCAAGUGCCUCUUCAUACUGUCAUUAAAUUAACUCCUGUUGCUUAUGGAUGCAAAGUUGAGCAUAUUAAAUUGCCAAUCGAUGCUGUCGACACACACCGACCCAAACCCGAUGACAUCAAAUAAAAAAAAAUAAAUCACAGCUAGAAGAAAAUUUAAACAGAGAAGAGGUGUUAUAGCUUGACUCUGCAUAUUUUCUACAUCAAUAUCGCUUCGUAUGUAAAUUUUGUUGUUUAUUUUUUUUAUUAUAUCUUUUUGCAAAAGACAA